AACAUUCCUAAAGAUCUAUGUUUUGAAACCGGAAUACCUAUUCGCCGGUCGCCGAUGCCUCCGACGAAUGGGUCGCUGAUACCUCUCACGUAUUAAAGAUCCCUUCAUCUACUGUGUCCCGUGCGUCAUUAAUGCCAACUAGAAGAGGAGCCGCCCUCUGUUUUGCAAGCGAAUUUGUUAUACAACUACCUACUAUCCAUAGGCUAUUUUUAGUCAUUCAUUCAUAUAAUUCUGGGGGUACCUAUCAUAACAAAGGAGAUUAAAAUCAUUUGCAGGCUUGUGCUCUGUUAAGGCAAAGGCACAUCUUGAUCUUGGUGAAAAUGGGUUCAGUGGAUGAGUUAGCGCACGAGAGAAGGAAGACACAAUUUGACGUUGGUGCUCUCAAGAUUGUGUGGGCAGGCUCGCAACAUGUUUUUGAAGUCUCAGAUCGCAUGUCAAAGCUCGUUGCCGCUGAUCCUGUAUUUUUCAAAGAUGAUAGGCCCAGGUUGGGUCGCCAGGAAUUGUUCCAAAAAACCUUAAGAAAAACAGCACAUGCAUGGAAGCUCAUCACGGACCUUAGACUUUCAGAAGAGGAAGCGUCAAAACUUAGGCAUUUUGUGGAUGAACCUGCAUAUACAGAUCUUCAUUGGGGAAUGUUUAUACCGGCUUUAAAAGGGCAGGCAAGCGAUGAGCAGCAGGAGGAGUGGUUACCUCUUGCAUAUAAAAUGAAAAUUAUUGGCUGUUAUGCACAAACUGAACUUGGCCAUGGCUCAAAUGUCCAAGGACUUGAGACAACUGCAACAUUUGAUCCAACUUCUGAUGAAUUUGUCUUAAAUAGCCCUACACUGACUUCAACUAAGUGGUGGCCUGGAGGCUUAGGAAAAGUAUCAACGCAUGCAAUUGUAUAUGCGCGCCUCAUAACAGAUGGUCGUGACUAUGGAGUGCAUGCUUUUCUUGUUCAAAUAAGGAGUCUGGAAAAUCAUCAACCACUUGCGGGAGUUACUGUUGCUGAUAUUGGUGUGAAGUUUGGGAAUGGUGGAUACAAUACCAUGGACAAUGGCCUCCUAAGACUUGAUCAUGUUCGAAUACCUCGUAAGCAGAUGUUGAUGAGGCUUUCUACAGUUACUAGAGAAGGAAAGUAUCUGCAAUCUGAUGUCCCCAGGCAGCUGGGUUAUGGAGCCAUGGUUUAUGUGCGACAGUCAAUUGUUGCAGAUGCUUCCAAUUAUCUUUCACGGGCUGUCUGUAUUGCUGUGAGAUACAGUGCUGUCAGACGUCAGUUUGGAUCUCAGGCUGGUGGUCCUGAAAUUCAGGUGAUUGAUUACAAGACUCAGCAAAACAGGCUGUUUCCCUUGCUUGCUAGUGCCUAUGCAUUCAGAUUUGUGGGAGAGUGGUUGAAGUGGCUAUACAUGGAUGUGACCAGGCGCUUGGAAGCAAAGGAUUUCUCAACUUUGGCUGAAGCACAUGCAUGCACUGCUGGUUUAAAGUCAUUGACUACAUCAGUCACUGCGGAUGGCAUUGAAGAGUGCCGUAAGCUUUGUGGUGGACAUGGAUAUUUGUGCAGUAGUGGGCUUCCAGAACUAUUUGCUGCUUAUGUUCCUGCUUGCACAUAUGAAGGAGAUAACACAGUCCUCCUCCUUCAGGUAGCAAGAUUCCUGAUGAAGACACUCCAACAACUGGGAUCGAAAAAACCAGUGGGUACGGCCGCUUAUUUGGGAAGACUGGAAUAUAUAAUGGAGAAUAAUUGCAAUGUUUCUCAAGCUAAGGAUUGGCUGAAGCCUUCAGUUAUAUUGGAGGCAUUUGAAGCAAGGUCAGCUAGGCUUGCUGUGAACUGUGCAGCGCAACUUAGGGAGGUAUCCAAUCCAGAAUCAGGCUUCGGUGAACUAUCCAGUGAGCUAGUGGAAGCAGCAGUAGCUCAUUGCCAGUUGAUAGUUGUUUCCAAGUUUAUUGAGAAACUAAAGCAAGACAUUCCAGGAAAGGGGGUGAAAAAUCAGCUUGAGAUGUUGUGCAAUGUGUAUUCAUUGUCAUUAUUGCACAAACAUCGUGGUGAUUUCCUUUCAGUUGGUUACCUUACAAAUGAACAAUCAAAACUUGCGAGUGAUCAGCUUCGUGCUCUUUAUUCCCAGGUCCGCCCAAAUGCUGUCGCUCUGGUGGAUGCAUUUAAUUACACAGAUCACUUUUUGGGAUCGAUACUUGGACGAUAUGAUGGAAAUGUUUAUCCACAUCUGUAUGAAGAAGCUUUCAAGGAUCCUCUGAACGAGUCUGUUGUGCCUAAAGGGUAUGAGGAAUACAUUCGCCCAGUUUUGAAGCAUGAAUUGAGAGCUUCAAAAUUGUAAAUCCACAUCUAUUGUUACAGAGCAUAUGUUUGUAUGUAAAUAGACACAUUCGGUGCUGUUUACAUUAUAAAACUCAGCUCCAAAUCUCGGGUUAGGUUAGCACUACAUACACUAAUUUAUUUCCAUGAGUGUGGCAUUUGAACAUGGUAUCCUAUUCCCAUUAAUUUUAUGACAGCUGAACAACAAGAGAAUACGAGUUUCUCUUGUGGUUGUGCAAGAACCCAUUCUUCUGUUGACUGAUUAAUGAAAUGAUACAUAUUUUAAUGACAAUUAAAUUUGUAUUGCUGAUUAAUAAAAUGAUAUGACAAUUAAAUUUGUA